UCAGGCAGACGACAAGUCCAUGAAUGAACGAAAGGUGAGCCUUGUUGGUAGCCACUUUUGCUCCCUGAAAUUGUGGCAACAUCAAACAGUUGUAGAUCCCAAAUACGCCCCAUUUUUGCUGACUGGGUUGACGGCUUCCAAAGUGAUGCUGUUGCUGCUCAGCCUGUUGCCCUUGGUGCAUGGCGGGAAGUUUAUGGAGAUUCAGGGUGUUUCGGCUGCGCCUGGCACUUCAUUUGGGGAUAGCUUGACAGGCAACGCAGCAUCUUGCCAAGAUGCAUGCGACAAGGAAAUGACUUGCGAUUGUGCGCUGUUCGACCCACUUCAUGGCAGCUGCAAAAUGCAGGCGGAUUGUUUAUAUUUCCAUCCUGAUUAUGAGGGUGGAGGCACCCUUGAGCUGUACAUCAAGCUGCCCCCGCAUUUGUGGCCCUUCUCCGUCUUCCCUGGGACCAAUGCCAACAGAGACGGCCAAGACGUGACGGCAGACAAGAAAGGGAUGACUGAGCAAGACUGUGUGGACCUUUGUUAUCAGAGCAGCGAUUGUCAAUGUGCAGUUCUCCUGACCAAAGAUCGAAGGAGCUCUGCGGAUCCUGCGGAUGAUCACUGCUGGCUCCAAAGCAAGUGCCAUCCCGAAGGUUUCAAACAGAUGAAAGGUGCCCAGGACUACAUCACUUUUGUGAAGGACGCGAAUUUUGCGGCCUAUCAGACAGGAUCAGGAAGCCUCGUGAUGUUGAUCGUCUGCCUGGUGGUGGUCCUGCUGAUGUGCGUUGUCGUGACUGCUUUGGUGCUCUAUUACAUGAGAAAUAAGGGUCGGGCUUAUCGAGCCAUCUUGCAGGAUCUUGCAGUGCCAAAGGAAGAGAACUCCCGGAAGGAAUACGCCAAGGAACAGUUGCUGAGUAGCUUCUCUCGCAAGAGCGGCGUCGGAUAUUUGUCGUCCUUGGAACUGGCUUUGGAGGCGAAGGUCAGCAACUCCGACAUCCCCUGUGUCUACAGCCUUCACAAGGUUCCAGAAACUUUCAAGGUACCGCAGAUUGAUACUUCGGUGACCAGUCUUAAGGUGCAGCUGUGCUUCGUUCUGGACUACACGGGCAGUAUGAAGACACAAAUUGCUCAGGCCAAAGACAGUGUGUCCAAAAUCAUUGAGGCGAUGCAGAAAAUGAAAAUCGCUUCAUUGCCCAAUGCCGCCGUUGAUGUUGAAAUGGCAGCAGUGGCGUACUUCGACUGGGAUGCCGAAACACGAAAACUGGGAAGGCCAGUGGUAUCUGUCUUUGGUGGUCGUGAGGUGAAGGAGGAACACAGUGACACCUUGACGGCUGAGAAGUUCUGCCAGCUGGGGGGUACUUGGACCAAAGACACUUCAGCCUUGCAGAAGUGGAUCAACCAAGGCCUGGGCCAUGGCGGCAAGGUGCCAGAGGAGCUCACCGGGGCCCUGCUGGCAGCAGCCAACUUGGAAUGGAACGCGGAUGAGAAGUUGAUGGUGGUGAUCACUGAUGCCCCCUGCCAUGGCAAGGACUACAGCACGGUGGAGCACGACAGUUUCUGCGACAAGAGCACCGGCCUCACGUGUACGGGGCGUCCGGAAGAACCCUUGCAGAGUUUGAUGGCGCAGGGGGUCACCACGGUGAUUUUGCACACCGGCGAGGCGGCAGCUGUCAGCAUGUGCCAGAAGCUCCAGCAGACGGACCCCAAGCUGAUCCAUGAGAAGGUGAGUCCUUCAGAGACUGCGAAGAAGGUGGUUUCGGUGCUGGAAAGCAAGGUGAGGAAUGGCCAAAAUUGA